AUUGGCUGCGGCGACGCCUCGCGGGCCGGUGGCUAUGGAGGCGGCGGCGCCCGAUGGUUGACCGUUGGCUCCGGGGUUGGGGUCGCGGCUCGGGCUGUUCGGGCGGACCCGACCGGAGCGCGCGGGCGGCAGACGCUCGGCCCAGAGCUCGCGGGGAGGCCUAGCGCGGCUGUGCCAUGCGGGCGGGGAGCAGCGAGCCCGACGGCGUCCUCAGCUACCAGAGACCAGAUGAAGAAGCUGUGGUGGAUCAGGGAGGGACCAGCACAAUUCUCAACAUUCACUAUGAGAAAGAAGAGCUGGAAGGUCACAGAACUCUGUACGUGGGGGUUCGGAUGCCACUGGGCCGACAGAGCCAUCGGCACCACCGAACCCACGGCCAGAAGCACAGGAGACGAGGUCGGGGCAAAGGAGCCAGCCAGGGGGAGGAAGGCCCCGAAGCCCUGGCCCACGACACACCGUCUCAGCGCGUUCAGUUCAUUCUUGGCACCGAGGACGAUGAAGAGCAUGUGCCACACGAACUGUUCACAGAGCUCGAUGAGAUCUGUGUGAGAGAGGGAGAAGAGGCUGAGUGGAAGGAGACGGCCAGGUGGCUGAAGUUUGAAGAAGAUGUCGAGGAUGGGGGAGAGCGCUGGAGCAAGCCUUAUGUGGCAACCCUUUCGUUGCACAGUCUCUUUGAGCUGAGGAGCUGUCUUAUUAACGGAACAGUCCUUCUGGAUAUGCGUGCAAAUAGCAUAGAAGAAAUUUCAGACUUGAUCCUGGACCAGCAGGAGCUGUUUAGUGACCUGAGUGACAGCACGAGGGUUAAAGUGCGGGAAGCCCUUCUCAAAAAGCACCAUCAUCAGAAUGAAAAGAAGAGAAAUAACCUCAUUCCGAUUGUUCGCUCUUUCGCUGAAGUUGGUAAGAAGCAGUCUGAUCCACAUUCGAUGGAUAAAAAUGGCCAGACUGUGUCUCCUCAGUCUGUUCCUUCUGCGAAUCUUGAAGUGAAAAAUGGGAUGAAUUGUGAACACAGUCCUGUGGAUUUAAGCAAGGUGGACCUUCAUUUCAUGAAGAAAAUCCCCACAGGGGCAGAGGCCUCAAACGUCCUGGUCGGAGAGGUGGACGCUCUCGGCCGCCCCAUCGUCGCCUUUGUGAGGCUGUCGCCGGCUGUUCUCCUCUCGGGCCUGACGGAAGUUCCCAUCCCCACUAGAUUCUUGUUUAUCCUGUUGGGCCCAGUAGGGAAAGGUCAGCAGUACCAUGAGAUUGGCAGAUCCAUGGCCACCAUCAUGACCGACGAAAUUUUUCAUGAUGUGGCGUACAAGGCAAAAGAGCGAGAUGACCUGCUGGCAGGGAUUGACGAGUUCCUGGACCAGGUGACUGUGCUCCCUCCGGGAGAGUGGGACCCGUCCAUUAGAAUUGAACCACCCAAGAACGUCCCUUCCCAGGAGAAAAGGAAAAUGCCUGGAGUUCCAAAUGGAAAUAUUUGCCACAUAGAACCAGAACCGCAUGGGGGUCACAGCGGUCCGGAACUGCAGCGCACGGGGCGGCUGUUUGGGGGCUUGGUGCUGGACAUCAAGCGGAAGGCCCCUUGGUACUGGAGCGACUACCGGGACGCACUCAGCCUGCAGUGUCUGGCCUCCUUCCUGUUCCUGUACUGCGCCUGCAUGUCGCCUGUCAUCACCUUUGGGGGGCUGCUCGGAGAAGCCACGGAGGGGCGAAUAAGUGCAAUCGAGUCCUUGUUUGGUGCCUCCAUGACUGGGAUCGCUUAUUCCUUAUUUGCGGGACAGGCUCUUACCAUCCUGGGGAGUACUGGGCCAGUGCUCGUCUUCGAAAAGAUUUUGUUCAAAUUCUGCAAAGACUACGCCCUUUCAUACCUGUCCCUGCGGGCUUGUAUCGGGCUGUGGACUGCCUUCCUCUGUAUCGUCCUCGUGGCAACUGAUGCCAGUUCCCUGGUCUGCUACAUUACCCGCUUCACUGAAGAAGCAUUUGCCUCUCUGAUUUGCAUUAUCUUCAUCUAUGAAGCAAUAGAAAAGCUGAUUCACCUGGCAGAGACCUACCCUGUCCACAUGCACAGCCAGCUGGACCACCUUAGCCUGUACUAUUGCAGGUGUACUCUUCCAGAGAAUCCAAAUAAUCACACCCUACAGUACUGGAAGGAGAAGAAUAUUGUGGCAGCAGACGUCCACUGGGCCAACCUGACAGUUAGUGAAUGCCAAAAGAUGCAUGGAGAAUUCACGGGAUCUGCGUGUGGCCAUCAUGGACCUUAUACUCCCGAUGUGCUCUUUUGGUCCUGUAUUCUCUUCUUCACCACCUUCAUCCUCUCCAGUACCUUAAAGACAUUUAAGACAAGCCGCUAUUUCCCGACCAGAGUUCGCUCCAUGGUGAGUGACUUUGCUGUUUUCCUCACUAUCUUCACAAUGGUGAUUAUUGAUUUUUUUAUUGGAGUCCCAUCGCCAAAGCUUCAGGUUCCCAGUGUGUUCAAGCCAACAAGAGACGAUCGAGGGUGGAUUAUUAGUCCCAUUGGCCCCAACCCCUGGUGGACUGUGAUAGCAGCGGUGAUCCCAGCUCUUCUCUGCACUAUCCUGAUAUUCAUGGACCAGCAGAUCACAGCUGUCAUCAUUAACAGGAAGGAACACAAGCUCAAGAAAGGUUGUGGCUACCACCUGGACCUGCUGAUGGUGGCCAUCAUGCUGGGUGUCUGCUCCGUCAUGGGCCUGCCCUGGUUUGUGGCUGCAACUGUCCUGUCUAUCACACACGUGAACAGCCUCAAGCUGGAAUCUGAGUGCUCUGCUCCGGGAGAGCAGCCCAAGUUCUUGGGCAUUCGAGAGCAGAGAGUAACAGGCCUUAUGAUCUUUGUGCUGAUGGGCUGCUCCGUCUUCAUGACCACUGUAUUAAAGUUCAUCCCAAUGCCAGUGCUCUAUGGCGUCUUCCUCUACAUGGGCGUUUCUUCCCUACAGGGAAUUCAGUUCUUCGACCGGCUGAAGCUCUUCGGGAUGCCCGCCAAGCACCAGCCGGACUUCAUCUACCUGCGGCACGUGCCCCUGCGCAAAGUGCACCUCUUCACCCUCAUCCAGCUCACCUGCCUCGUGCUGCUCUGGGUCAUCAAGGCGUCUCCGGCGGCCAUCGUCUUUCCAAUGAUGGUUUUGGCCUUGGUCUUUGUCAGGAAAGUCAUGGAUCUCUGUUUCUCUAAGCGAGAACUGAGCUGGUUGGAUGACCUCAUGCCCGAAAGCAAAAAGAAGAAGCUGGACGAUGCAAAAAAGAAGGCCAAGGAGGAGGAGGAGGCUGAGAAAAUGUUAGAAAUGGGGGGAGACAAGUUCCCCUUAGAGAACAGGAAGUUACUAAGUAGUCCUGGAAAGAACAGCAGUUUCAGAUGUGACCCCUCUGAGAUUAAUAUAUCUGAUGAAAUGCCGAAGACCACGGUCUGGAAAACUCUCAGUAUGAAUUCUGGAACUACCAAGGAAAAAAGUCUCUUCAACUGAAAGUCUUCGCCGGGAUGGAAGGUUUGGGCCGUGAGGUGCCUCAGGGAAAUUCUGCUUACAGAGAAGACGGUGAAUGGCGCAGAGGAGCGAGACCGGCCUGGCCCCGCUCCUGGUCCUGUGGAAGCCAUGCUGCACAUUGCGACAUUCACGCGGGGUGGGCGUGAGGGGGCCGCCCCCGCGGGGCUGCCCUUGCUCCGGGCCCUCCCCACGGCCUCGCUGGGGACCCUGCCUCCAUUUCCAGUCAUUCUUCCCAAACAUUCUGCUGGCGUGCGAGCCGCCCGGAUGCAGCCUGCCACUGAGCGCUCCUCCGACAGGAUCCCUCUUCCUGAAGGGUGGGGUGCGGGUAGGAAGGCAACAGAAAGAAGAGGGGCAGCCCCCCGGGCCCCGAGACUCUGCGGCGGCGCGAGGCGGCCGGUUUGGCGCCGCCUGGGGCGUUUGCUGCUGGGGUUCAGAGGCCUGCGGGGAAGGCGCCUCGUUGCUCGCUGGCCAGGAGGACGCGGGGUUGCUGAGGCGCGGGCGGGAGAAGGCUCCUGAAUGCUUCUCUUCUUCGGGAGGAGCGAUUGCUAGAAUGAGCCUGAGUUAGUACGGGGGGCGAGGUUAGGUGCGGAAGGAGUCACGGGGUCUGCUUUCUGGGUCUCGGAACAAUUCGGCCAUAGCGGUAGGUAGAAGUGAGGUAUGAGGUGUUUCUUUGGCCGUUGUGGGGCCCUCAGGCCGGUCUCUUGGCGCGUGGACUCCUCCCUGGGGGCAUCCAAGUGCUUAGGUCUCUUCUCCUCAGCUGCCUCAGGAGCGAGCCACCGUCAGCUCUGAGGACCAAAGCACCUUCAGCCACGUGGUCUUUUAGUCAGUUUGGUUCUGGCUCUCAGACGGGAAAAGCCACACUGGAAAGUGUAGUGGUAAGAUUUAUUUUGCAUUCAGUUUAAAACUUUAUAGUUUUCUCCAUUGCACUGAUUUUCAAGGAUGUGGGUUCCGUGGACUUCCUUCCCUGUGCGCACAGAAUGUGGCGAGAAAGCCGGUCGGUACGCAGGGACGCGACCGGUCGUCUUCCACCCUGAGGAAUCUUGCUGGGGCGGACAUUUUGCCAGCGAGCUUUCCUUCGUGGGCGGAGACUGGACGUAUCACCUUGCUGAAUCUCACAUUCCUUGGACUCUUACAAUGUAUUGGUGUAUUCCGGUCUUAAAGACUUUUGAUAUUGAAAGUCUCUCGCAUUUAUUUCAUCUUUCACUGUCCUCUGGAGCCACGGCCGGUUUUCGGAAUCCUUAACUGCUGCUAACUGCUGCGGGGCGCGGCCCCCGGGGCGUGCCGCUGUGGCCAGCACAGCCGCCGUGGCCAGCACACGGCGGAGCGCCACCAGCGUCCAGACAGCAGGGGGACCGCCCUG